ACUAGAGUGCGCUUCAUGCAAUUUAAAUGGCGAAUCAAAACGACACGGAAUUCAUGAGUAGUUUAAUAAAAUAGAGUAUGACAAAGAAUGGUUAUUGAAUAAUACAAUUUAUCACAAUUAUUAGAAUUUCUAUCUGUAUUAAAUAGUAUGGUGAUUUUGAAUUUAUAAUAAAUUAUUUUUUUGAAGAUCAAUAUCUGUUAUCUUUCAAUUUUACCUUUCAAAAGUGGCUCUAAAAAGGAGAUAAUAAAACAAUAAUUUUCACAAAAAAUAUCUUAGUUAAAGAUUCAUUCAUUUAUUGAUAAAUCAUUAGUUAAGUACUCAUGAGUUAGCAAGUCUGAAGUUUGAAGAUUACUCUUGAUCAUGUAUGGUUUUUGAAAGUGACCUUAAGGAGUAAAUAUUUUAAGAGCCAUGUCUGACGAUAGCUUUACAAUGUUAGUGAAAUCAGUCCAUCUAUAAUUAUUUUUUGUGAACAAAUGGUGUCUCUGACUUAAAAUUUGUCAAUUUGUUUUUUGUUAUAAAAAUGCAUGGACACAAUAAUUAUUGCAAAUAAAUGACUUUAAUACUAAUUUUUGUUGCACACAUGCAUGGAUAAAAAGUUAGCACAUGUAAAUGUUUGAAUAUAACCAUUGUAGUGAAGCACUUUGAAUGCACAAUGCCUGGCGAACCACCAACGUCCACCGGCACCAAGUCUACCACGAAAGUGAAACGUAUAUCAAUACCUAGAGUACAAAGCAGUACGGAUACCGAACUUCAAUCACAAUUAAGCCAAAGUGGCUCAACGCCACUUCAAUCAAUGGCUUUACACUAUAUGAGCUUCCGAUCAGAUCUUGAGGAUAGUGCAAUACCAUCUGCUGUUCACUCGCGAUUAUUUGAUCUUUUCCAACAAAUCUAUAAAGAAUUCGAGAUGGUCUACUUGGAAAACAUCGGGUUACAAGAGAAAAUUGAUGCUUUAAACGAAAAACUUGAACGAGAAUGUUAUGGAUCAGGUGAACGCAGUCUACCUCCAGGUGAUCAGGCUGAUUAUUCCGAUUCAAAGAAUCCUUCCAAAGCAAAAUCUGUGAUUAAUACUGCUCAGAAAGUUAAGACAUCGCACAAACUUAAAGCUCAGACAAGUAAAAUAGUUUCAAGUUUUAAGAAUCCAACCAUGAACUGCAGUAUGCAACGUCAGUAUAUUGGACAUAAAGAUGGAGUAUGGGAAGUAAGUGUUGGUCGUCCAGGACAACCCAUUAUAGCUACGGCUUCAGCAGACCAUACAGCUCGUGUAAUAGCAAUCGAAAGUGGACGUUGUCUACUUCAAUAUAUCGGUCAUAAUGGAUCUGUAAAUUCAGUGCGCUUUCAUCCUACAAUAGAUUUGGCAUUAACUGCAAGUGGAGACUGUUCUGCUCAUAUUUGGCAGGCUGCUGUUAACUGGGAUAUACCAAAACGACAAUCUUCAUCUGAAGAUUUAUCAGCUAUUGAUCGAACGCCAACUAAUGCUUCUUAUCUUGGCGAUGAUCAAGAAGAACCUCCAACACUUAGAACACCAGUUCGUGAAUUACUAGGACAUACUGGUGUUGUAAUGGCUGCAGAUUGGUUGUCUGGAGCUGAACAAUUAGUUACAGCUUCAUGGGAUCGAACGGCCAAUCUUUAUGAUGCUGAAACUGGCGAAAUAAUUCAUACUCUAUGUGGACAUGAUCAAGAGCUAACUCAUGUCUCUACUCAUCAUGCUCAACGCUUAUGUGUUACAUCUAGUCGCGAUGGUACAUUUCGUUUGUGGGAUUUCAGAGAACCUAUUCACUCUGUUUCAGUAUUUCAAGGACACACUGAAGCUGUUACAUCAGCUGUUUUUACGAGAGAAGACAAAAUUGUUUCUGGCUCAGAUGAUCGAAGUGUGAAAGUUUGGGAGUUGCGAAAUAUACGAAGUCCACUAGCUACGAUCCGAGGAGAUAGUGCCGCUAAUCGAUUAGCAGUAUCCAAUAACGGUAUCGUUGCUAUUCCUCAUGAUAAUAGACAAAUACGUCUAUUUGAUCUCAGUGGACAAAGAUUAGCACGACUACCACGUACUAGUAGACGGGGUCAUCGAAGAAUGGUUUGCUCAGUAGCUUGGGCAGAAGAAGCUGGAUCACCAUGCAACCUAUUUUCUUGUGGUUUUGAUAGAUUAGUUAUAGGUUGGAGUGUCCUACCUGUCAAGGAAAUUUAAAUACAAGCUAACUGAUAUCUUUCAAAAAAUAUUAAAUUUCUUUAUCUAAAAGUGUAGUAUUCGUCAUUGCUGGUGGAAACCAUAAAGUACUUGAAGAGACGUAGUUGUAUGCUAUUAAUCCGAAAGCUAAUCCAAUAAUAGAUCCAAUUCUUCCACUCUCGCAAACAACUGAAAAAAAAAAUUAGAAGUAAAAU